AUGGCAGCCCAGGUGGACCCCAAGCAGCUCGAAUCUGUUGAUGGCUUCUUCAAGUUGAUCAAUACGGUCGCUUCAGACCAAUCGUACAUCUGCCUCAAGGAUCUCAUCUCUGAGAAUGCUGAGCUCAGAAGGCGGAUCCAGGAUCAAAAUAUCACUAACGAAGAAAACGCCCGGACACUGGGUAGGCUCGACCUGAGACUGCAAACCGAGACAAAAGCGUUGAUCGCAGCCAACGCAGCCCUGAAGGAUGCUCAUGAUGAGAACAAAACUCUGAAAGUCAACCUUGCCGCGACGCAAGCCAAGGUGGCUGAAAAGGUCAAGGAGCUUGAGCAGAGCGCCAAGAAUAUCACGGCCUCCCAGAUAAAACUCAAAGACCAAAUCAACCUAACGAACACGUUCAAGGAGUCCGCCAAUAGCAAAGACUUCGAGAGGAAGGCCGCUGUUGCUGCGCUUGACAGAGCCAACCAGGAGCUUCAAGCCACGCGAGACGAGCUCCAAUCCGUCACCGACAAUUUGGCCGAACACGAGCAGUUUGCCUGGAACAUGAAAUCCACCUCGAAGGAUGACGUCGAGAAUCGGUUGAAGGAAAUAUUUACUGCAGUCAAGGACGUAGCCAAAACCUAUUUCGCCGGUGACCUUCCCGAGGCGGUUUUGGAGAACACUGCCUACUGGGACCGCAUCCGCAGCCACAAAGCCAUCGGCCGAAUACCUCUGCCGGCAUCUAAUUCGGCAGCCGCCAAACACAUGCGGAUCUCUGCCUGCGUGGCCCUUUUCGCCUAUGCCUUCCACCAACACGUCUUUCUUUCUUCGUACCUCCUCGAAUCCGGCGGCGAGCUCUCCGACGUCAUGUUUGAGUUGGCCGAGGAGGACGCACCGCGAGAGACGUAUCUCCGCCGUGUGUUGUUGGCGACCCUCCCUGAGCAACAUAAUGAGAACGUCAAGGUGUGCAUCGAGGACGUCGUGUCCGAGAUGGAUAGAAACCUAGGGUCUCUGCUCUUCGAGGGGCAGAAGAAGUCGUUCAAGAACGCUGUUGGGGAAGCUUGCAAGCUAGUCGUUGAGCACUGGCGUUUUAUUCAACAGCUUAGUGACAAGGUUGAGGCAAUGAUGAAGCCGAGCGCAUCGCCUGUGGAGCACUGGACUACGGUGUCUCUUCCGUCACAGACGAGCAAGGAUCAGAGGGUACAAAACAAUGGGAACGGUGCAAACGCGAAUGGUGGUUCCACCACCCCGACUCAUGAGGCUUUGCAGCUGAAGCUGGAACUCAACAAUGCCGUAGCCACCGUGUGGCCGAGUUUUGUGCUUGUUAGGGAAGGCGAAGACGAGCUGUUGGCUAAGGGUUACAUAUUGCUGGAGUCUCAGGUGAAGAUAGCAAAAGAAGAGGAGAGUGGAGAGGUUGUCGUGGGCAGCAAGCGGGCCCAGAGGCAAUUGGCGAGGCAGGAUUCGAGAAAGAGGAGGGCUGGGUCAGUGUCUCUCAAUGGGGGGACGAACAAGAAUGGUUUUUUAUUGCUGAAGGAUGGAGAUGGCUCAAGGGCCGGCUAAACUUGCGGCAGAGCGGCGCUGGAGCUAUUCUUCUUGGUGACAAACGUCUUCGUUAAGGAAAGUGAUAGGGUGAUGGCGUGAUGGCGUGACGAUACGCUAUUUCAGUUAGAAUUAUUGAACAGAUUGGAACAGAUUGGAAUACACAAUAACUUAAUCC